AUGUCUCAGACACCUCAAGCGUUGCUACGCAUGGGAAUAGAUGAUCCGGUCGAUAUUGGUGAGAGUCGCAGUUUGCUCCGGUUGGCUGCCAGCGGCCAGUGCUUGAAUCCAACCGAACCAUGGCCACCUGUCACUGUGACGCUCGAUCAGGUGCCUAGUCUAAUUAGACUUUUCAGCUCGGUAAUUCGCCUACUCUGGCUCCAAGUCAGUCAUGGGUUGGGCAGCGCACAGCUGGCCGAGGACAACUUUUGGCUAACAACACGAUUCGCUCUGGCAUACUUGUGCUACAGUGUCCUGGAACGCGAGACUGUGAUGGUGAACAAAUCACGUUCACCUAUUCUCAACAUUCUGCAAGACGAGCCAAACGAACCUCAACCGGCGCACCAAGGUCAUGCGCACAACCAGAUAGGCGUACGUCAAUUUGCCAGUGCCGAUAAGGAGAAUCUGAAUGAUGCUUUGCUGCCUGAUGUGACACGGAGUUGUAUCCAAGGUUUGCUGACCUGUGCUUGUCUGGCUUUGGAUCGUUGGUCUAGCGAACCACAAGUGGUGUCUGCAGCCACCACCUUGAUCGGUGUGUUUAGCCGCAAUGCGCCCAAUCCAUCGACGAAUCUUGUUUGUCCGGCUUGGUACGAUAUUUGUGCAGUACUGUGUGGAUCAGGCAAACAACAGCAUAAUGUCUGGCCCAACUUAACGCCGGAGACCCUUAUCGAUCUCGUCCAGUCCUGUCUGUGCGGUAGUUGGGCGAUCGACAAGCAGCGUCUUAGUCCACGCCUCAAUCAGUGGAAUUCCAUUCCGGACACGGAACCGCUUCUGUUGCAGCUCCUCCACAGUCUGCGUGAUCGGCUAGUGCAUGUGAUCACCUAUUUUGCCGAUCACUCCCGCGGCGGUUUGGCCGCUCCUACCACAGUGAAUAGUCCGGCUAUGGACAGUUUGAUGAGUAGUCUGUCCGCGUUGCGUGGAGUCGCACGAGCGAUCGGCUCACUGGCCGCACAGUCUGAGGCAGCCACCGAUUUAGUCUCUCACGUAUGGACCGGGCUUCUGUUACCGGCCCUGGACAGUGGCGCACAUGUUCUUAUUCUGCGGUGUCACAAUUCGUCCGAUGUGGUUCAAACAUUGUUCCAUCUGUUCUCAGAAGUGGCCGAUUCCUGCCUCAUCUAUCUGGCCAACGUUCCCUCUGCGCAGUUAGACGAUGAUCUGGCCACCACGGGACGUGCUCCAGCACCUUCCACCAGUUCAGCUGCGUCGUCUAUCUUCCUAAACCUGACCGCUGCUUUGUGCCAAAACUAUGCGAAACAGAAUGUGGAUAAGACAAGUUUCGAACCCACGGCUGAGGACGAACGUAUCACCGAAAUUCGCCUGUUACUAACCCUGCUCAAUCGAGUCCUAGCUCAUGAAUUCGAACUACGUCUGACCGUUUGCUUGAACGACGACCGACCCUGUUCCGGUACGAACUCAUCCAAUUCGAUGGGCGCAGUCGACGUGGUAUUUGUUUGUCUGGGCUUCAUUUUCCCCAUGAUAACCGAAUCCGCCUUGAUGGUCCCUGAACUGUGUCGUGCAUUUUAUUCUCUCGCCACAUACGCGUGUGAAUUGCAUGUGGAGGCUCUGGCUCAUCUAAGCGCCCCUCAAUUGAGUUACUUUGGACAUUUGAUCCGACUCGGAAUUUUCGGCUCGGCUGCAAACGCUUUUCCCACAUCCUCUUCUUCAACCUGGAACACGAGCACAACACCUGGUCUGGCCGCAUUCAGUGGAGUGGACCAUUCAGUCACACACCAGUGUCUCGAGAUUAUCACUGCCGUACUAGACUACUGUUUGACGGUGCGUGCUCGAGACCCACCGUCGGAAAACAUACAAGUUGCCGAUCACCUAGUCACCAGCCUCGGUCUUGACACACGGCUCUUGACCGAUCUGUUCACCUUGGUUGCGAAAGACACAUAUCCAGUGGAAUUGGAGGCAGUUUUCUCAACCGCAGUUCUCAAUCUCAUUCACCUGAAUCGGGAUGCCUAUGCACAACUGAUUUUCCAGUGGUUGAAAGAUUGCGGCCCGGAAGGCUCGACCGUACAUCAAAGACUGUGUGAUGCCUUUGAACGUCUUGGAAGCCCGAUGGAAUUGGAUGUGACAAAAUCGAUCAAAAUGGAUGGGCAGAAUCGGUUUANCUUGAUUUCCAGCAACGUUUUCACACAUUUGUCGCCGAAAAAUACACUUACUUUAUGUAUUGUGUUCAUUUCUGAUCCAUUUGGGGCUGCGCUGGAAACCGGUUAA